AUGGCUCUCAAUUGGGACGCAUUCCUCAAUACUGACAGUCUGAAUAUACCGCACGAUCAAUGGUCCGAUCUUUCAGCACCUACAACAGGCCCUCCGUCUUCUGACAUGCCCAAGUCCAUCUCCUCGCAGACUACUGGGUCCACGCCUGAGGACGCCACUGCUUUCGACUCUCUUCUCAACGGUACAUCAACCGACCCUUACUUCGAAGACUCUCUGUUCAUAUCGAACGACUACUUCCUGAGCGAUUUGGAAGUGCUUCAGCCAUAUGGCAACGUCGUUGCUGGCGGUGGUUCAACUACAGAGUCCUCACCUGAGCCUUCCACCGCUGCUGCCAACUUCUCCACUUACCAAACCCCCGCAUCUAUGUCAGCGACAUCGAAGCAGUCACCCCAGAUGGCGUCACUCCGAAGGCAAUCAGUGCAUCGUGCCAACACUUUCCCCAACCCCACUUAUGAGUCCAUGUUUCCCAACAACCUCGAAGCAGGUUUCGUGGAAGACCUGACCUUCCCGAACGGGGUCAAAGAGUCAUCCGCUUCACCCAGGGCAGUACUAGAGAGGACCAAGACGUCUGUUGACACCGUCACCAAGCGGAAUAAGGGCAAACCAGAUAUCCUGUCUGCGUGCUGGACAUCACCACUCUGCCCCAACCACGACCAGGAUGGACCACCACCCAACCCCUCAAGCUGCGGCGGAGGUUGCGCUCCGUUCCUGUUUGCCGACCAGGACAACCUUCCCAACAUCAACAGCCUACUCGCUGAGCCCCAAGAGGUCACAGUCGAGGAUGGCAUCGUUGAGAUCCAACCCCGACGGAAGAAGCGAUCUGAGAGCGAGACCUCCAUGGGCGAAACCACAGGGCGUCAAUACUCUUCUAACAAGACCGCCACCGAACUUGUUGCAGAGGCAAAGCAGAGGAUGAAAACUGAGACCUCAGAAGAUUCGCCAGUACAGGAGUCACCCCCCGGAGCUGCCGACGACAAGCCUAAGAACCGCCGACGGUUACCUCAUAACCAAGUUGAACGCAAGUACCGCGAGUCCCUCAAUACUCAGCUCGAUUCCCUUCGAAAGGUUGUUCCAUCCCUUCAACAGAACGCUCGUGUGUGUGAUGGCGCCGACAUUGAGGACUUACCAACCCCCUCGAAGCCGAGCAAGGCUGUCAUUCUUGCCUCGGCAACGGCCCACAUCAAGCAACAAGAGAAGGAUAAAAAGGCUCUCUCAGACGAAAACGCACUGCUGCGUGCGCGAGUCAAAGCACUACAGGCACUCGUGAAGUGCGACGACUGUAGUUUGAUGCAGUAUGUCAUGGAUAUGAAGAUCAAUCAAGCAAAGUGA